AUGGAUAGCCAUAACCAGCAACGCCUACCCGCUCCUAAGCUGGCGGGACUGAACAACAUCCUCAACAGCGACCACGCACCAGCCCCAAUCCCUAACGGCCCGCCUCACAUGCGAGAUUCGGGCUUCUACUCCAACGCAGACGCCUCCAGUAAGCAUACAUCUGCUGCCUCCUUCAACGUAAACGGUCUCAGCCCAAGCCCCUCUGGCUAUCAAUCUUCCUCGCAAGACAAGACUCCGUCCCCAAUCGCUGCCAACAUGGUACCCCACGGUCUUGUGUCGCCAUCAACGACCAACAUGAGCGUCGCUGCAAUGGUAUCCCCUAGUACACCCGGCAGCCUCGAUCCACGCCGCGAUCGACCUACGUCGAUUGAGUCCAACGGACCCGUACCUGGACCCGUACCUACAAUGGGCGACACGUUGGCACCUGGUAUGGCGGGAUUGAGGCGGGAAAGUGUUGACAGUCGCAUGAACCAGGUCUUCAGCGAUAUGCGCCUUGGUAACUCUCCCUACACGUCCAACAAUCCCUCGACUACUUCGAUACAAAACACCCUCCAUAGCCAACGAAACCCUCACCAUCUCUCGGUCCAUCGAAUCUCAAAUAGCUACCAGCCAAGUGCUGAACGAAAUCCCGAGACCAAGACGGUCAAGACCGCACCCGCUAUCACUGGGCCUGCCACUGGGCACAUUGCCCGGGCAGCGGAACCUACCAAGGGUCAGGCUUGGGCUUUCCCCGAGGAGGAGAUCCAACGAGUCGGCACCGAGCUUGCGUACACCGAUUCACGACGCAGUAGUAUCACCGAGUCGGUUGCGAGUAGCCAGUUCACGACCGAGUCGCGUCUGCCGCCGGGUCAGAUGAGGUUAAACGAUAGCGACUACUCCCGCAUGUCCAAUGCCUCAGAGUUCCUACCUGUUCACCAUCAUUCCAUGCAGCACAAGCAAUUGAGCGAUCUCCAGGCCGAGGAAGGAAAUGGAGCCACAGGCAACCAGCCGUAUAGCAGAACCCCUGAACUAAGGGUCAGCCAUAAACUUGCUGAGCGCAAAAGGAGAACGGAGAUGAAGGAACUGUUCGAUCAGCUUCGAGACCUUAUGCCUCAAGAACGAGGCUCUAAGGCUUCUAAGUGGGAGAUCCUGACUAAGGCUAUUGCCGAGCAUCAGAAACAGCACGAGCACAUCAGGCUGCUCCAAUCCCACUACAACACUGCCGCAGCAGAAAACGAAAUGCUUCGCCGCGAGAUCCAAGGGCUGCGGAUGGAAGGCGCACAGAUGCGGGGAGGCUCCUCUUCAUCGCACCCUGCUCCUCCAUCUUCAGCUGCCACGCCAGCACCUCAGGCUGGGAGCUAUCAACAGGAUCAUUAUGCCAACUCGAACAGACCAGAGCUGCCGCCUAUCCGAUCACUCAGCAACGGUAUCUCGAACGGACCAGAUUCAAUGACCGGGGUCCAGUACGAUAGCCCUCGCACCAAUGGUUACCAUCCGGAGCGAUACUGA